CAUGAAAACCUCCUAUCCUGUGUUACUGAAUCUUUUUAGAUUUCAGUAUAGGUUAAUAACUAAUUCCUGUCCAUUAAGCGUUCAAGAGCAGAAUAAAGAAGCUUCAACGGUAAACCGAUUGUACAGAUUGUAUUGUACUCCAGCAAUAAGUGAUGUCACAUCAAAAAAAAUUGAAAGCGUAGUUGGAUUACAAAUCGGUCUCAGUUAUGUGAGUUGGGCGCGAAUUGAAACCAAAACAAAUUUCCUUUCUCAUCUGAAUUUCCUAAGUUUACCAGUUGACAUGAAUAAAAUGGAACUUCAUCAAAUUUAUACUGUGGCUCAUAAAACUUUAAACACUAUACCGUCAGCUGAUUGUUACGUAAUGGAAAAUCUGCCGAAGAUUGUAUCAGCAUCGAGUGGGAAAUUACAAUUGACUUUACAAGCUACUCGUAUGCAGUUGAUCUCGAUGUUGGUUGCGAUGCUUAAUAUGAAAUCGGAUGAAAGCUAUCAACCUGUGAUGUUCAUUAAACCACGUGUAACUGCAAGAUUGUUUAAUUUAUUAAUUGGUUCAGAAACAGUUUCCUCGCACGGAGUUAUAUCCAAGUUAUUAGUUGAAUCUUCCAUGAAGCCAUUCACACCCAUUACAUGUUGUCCUGAUGCUCUUAAGUUUUACAACCAAUCUCAAAACGUCGACAAAGAAAUAUUAGGGCAAGCUUUUCUUGUUACUGUUAGUUUUGCAGAACUGAUGCUUUAUAAAAAUCAAGAAUGCUACAAAAUAUUAUUGGGCGAUUCGAAAAAAAACCUGUUGUGUAAUUUUUCCAUAUUUUCUGUGAUAAUAAGCAUAAUUUAAAAAGUUUAAGAAUCUUAUAUGUAAUUAUGUAUUACAUUUUUAAAAUUGAAAUUGAGUAAGUAUUUGUUUCCAUUCGACCUGAGUGAUGAAAUAUGUAUUUGAGUUCAGUUCAAGAUUUUUGACUUGUAUGGAAUGUGCUGGUGGUGACAACAAUACGUAUUAGAACUUCAAAAUCUGGUGUGUAAUUUUUUUGAGUAAUAUGCCAACUGUAUUUUGUAAAAAUGGCUUGCAAGUUUCAAUAUAAAAAUCUCAAAGUACUUAUUGCAAUUAUUUGCAAACGAAUUAAUACCCAAAAGAAAAUCAAUUCGUGCAAUGUCUCAAUACUUAAUAGGUUAUAGAAAUUUUGAAAAAGAUGGCGCUUCUAACUUGCCUUUUUUAUUCUACUUAAUAUCUUUGUUUUGAUUGUUGAUCAUUGAAUAAAGCUUAAUAUGUACUUUG